AUGGACGAUCUACAGAUACAGUCAGUGACGAGAAUCAGGUAUGUUGCACAUGAAUGUUUGAGGGAUCAUGCCAGAAGUUCGACAGUUUUUAUAACGGAUCCACAAAAUGAUGUCGGAAAAAGGAUAAGAGAGAAGGAAAGGGUUAGGAGGAGGGAAAUAGGUAAACGUAGACGAAAAGAUGAUCCUGAGCAGUAUUAUGCAGUUAAUAUGAACGUCCAUUCCCAGUUAUAUGAUGAUGAUGAUGAUGCACAACUAUAUCAUGUGGAUGGUGAUGUUAAUAAUCAUCUUCUAUCCAUCCCGGCUAAUGCAGGUGACGACAGAGAGUGGUCUCCUAUAGCUCAAGAAGUUAUUGGAGAACAGCUUUGUGAGGUAACUGACGACGUUGAUUGUGACAUAACAGAUGGGGUUGAUGAAUUGCCCUCCGAUCAUGCUGCUGACAAAGACGAAUGCAAGCUUUCUCAUGUCUCAGAUCAAAAUAUGCCGCCUGGUUCCCAUGCUACUGUUGAUGUCGUACCCCAGUCGACCCUCAGUAGCAGUGAGGAGGUUGCCCGGCAGAAUGAUUUCAGUGUUUUGGCUUAG